AUGUGUGUUAAUACGGAUGGUUCCGUUAUACAAUCUCAAUCAAGCACAUCUGCGGGAGGAGUUAUUCGGGAUGACAAUGGCAGGUUUGUUAAAGCCUUCGCGGUCAACUUAGGAGGAGGAUCUAUUACUCGGGCCGAACUGGCCGGGAUCGAACAUGGUGUGAAGCUUGCCUGGGCAGCGGGAGCAUCGAAGGUACUCAUCCAGACCGACUCCACUACUGCGAUUUCUUUAAUUGAAUCGGCCACUCAGGAGCACCCACACUAUCGCCACAUCGCGGAGAUUAGACGUUGGAUUAGUCGCGAUUGGCAAGUCAAGCUUGAACAUGUCUACCGCGAGACCAAUUAUACGGCGGACUAUCUUGCUUCCCUUGGACACUCUCUUCCCAUUGGUCUUCAUGUGUAUGAGCUGCCAUCGAGCACCAUGGCUUACUGGUUGUAUUUUGACAGUAUUGGGGUUCAAACCCCGCGUUAUAUCAAUCCUUAA